AAAUAGAAAAAAGGAAACUAGAGAUAGAUCCAACGGCUAAGAAUCUAACCCUAAGUAUCUCAUCUGCAUCGGCCGUUAUAAAAACCAAGUUUCGCUGAAAACUUACUUUUUUUUUUGGGUUAUCAACUAAGAGUAGUCUUAUGUCUCCCUUUGCCGGUGCAGAGACAGUCGUGUUGUGGGACACUUUUGAUUGCCCCAUCAUCCCUGAUGAUAAUUACACUCAAGUAUAUCUUAUCACUAAAUCGGCUCUUAAAGAAAGAGGUAUUCAUGCUGCUUUUUAUCGUAGCAUCGAGUUCAGGGCUUUUGUCGGCGACCUGGGCGAUUAUCCUGGAUUUCCAGGCUAUUGGAUAGACAAAACUAAGGGCAAAGAUGCUAGAGUUUGGAGCAUCAUUACAUUCUUACUUGCUCAGGCGAAUUAUAGAAAUUCAAAGACGUUCUUGAACUUGUUGCUAGUCGUGGGAGACAUAUCUGAACACGUGGAAUUUCAAAGAGCUAUUCGGUUGUUGAAUUCUAGAAGAAAAUUCAAUGUCCUUCUAGCACAGCCUCCUCCUCAAAACGCAUCAGCAGGAGAGUUGGAGGAGGUUUUUGAUAAAAAAUGGCUUUCCUCCCGUCUUGAAGCUGGAGAACAACUUAUCAACAAGUUGGGCAUAGGGAAAACUUUUGAUAAGGAAGAACCACCACCACCUUUGAAUCAAAUUCCGAAACCUCUUCCUCCUUCUCAUCAGGAUCAGGUUGCUAAGGUGCCAAUUGCAGCUAAGGUGCCAAUUGCAAUGCCAAAGGCUGGUUACAUGGCCCGGAGAGCAAGAACAUGUGUCUUCUGGGACACCAGGGCUUACCCACUCCCUCCUGGUCUCCAUUCCUUUGAUGUUUGGCAAAACAUAAAAGAUGCUCUUUCUGAAAGGGGUUAUUUUGGCUAUGUCUCAAUCACGGCUUUUCUUGAUGUUCACCCCUGCCCCCCAGGCUAUUCUGGAUGUGAUAACGUCUCUUACCUAAAAGAUGGAGAUAGAGAUGCGCGACAUUGGCAGAUUGCACUGCGCCUGCUUGCUGCUGCUCGUUGCACUAGUAUUGAGCCAGUAAAUCAUAUGCUACUCCUGGGAGACAUCUCAGGACACAUUGAGCUCUUAAGGAUAAUUUACCUGUUGAAUUUAAGAUUUUCCUACAAUGUUAUCUUAGCUCAGCCUCCUUGUCAAAACGACGCAUCAUCAGGAGGACAGCUACUUGGUAAGGACGGGAUCUGCUCAAGCCUCUCAGCUGGAGACAAACUUCUAAGCCAAAUCGAACAAAAAUUGAAGACAAGUGUACCACCGUUGACUCCUUGGCAGGAGCUAUUAAAAGCUGCAAACUCGGUCGUCUUCUGGGACCUGGUGGAUUGCCCAAUACCUGUUGGUCUCACUGCUACUGAGGCUUCACAGACCAUUAGAUCGGCCUUUGAGAAAAUGAAUUAUCGUGGUACUCUUACCAUCCAUGCUUUUGGCCAAGAUCCGCUUGUCUCAGAACCAAGAGAUGUGGAGUAUACUACUGAUGAAAACACAACCACACCCACACCCACACACGCACCCGCACCCGCACCCGCAGGUGAAUUCCUUGAAGAUAUGAAUCAAUCCGGAAUCGUGUUUCAUCACACACCCACAG